UCUCUUUGCCUCUCGACGUGUAGUCUUGUUCCUCGUGAAGAUCUCAAUUUUGCUGACAACCUCACAAUUUCUCGGAAAAAAAAACAUCUUCCUGAUUCGUUUUUUCUCCGAUUUUCCUUCUUUCUAUAUCCGAUUUCUUCGGGAGGCGAAGAGACGGGCAAUUUCUCCAAUGGCGCGCCGUCUUUUCGCCUGUUUCGGCGGCAAGAAAUCUUCAUCCUCCACGAGUAAAUCUAUCUCCGGCAACAAUUCCGCCGCCGUCUCCGCAGACACUCUUUCCGGCGACGGACCCGUUCUCGUCCAGCUAUUCUCGUCGCAGGGAUGCAAGACGUCGCCGGCGGCGGAGAUGCUGAUGUCGCGGCUCGGCAGAGGCGAUUUCGACGACCAGAUCCGUGGAGAAGGUGGAUCUGGAUCUCCGGCGAUGGUUCUGGUCUUUCACGUAGAUUAUUGGGACUACAAAGGGUGGAAAGAUCCGUACGGAUCGAGCCAAUGGACGGUGAGGCAGAAGGCGUACGUGGAAGCGUUGAAUCUGGACACCAUGUUCACUCCGCAGCUUGUAGUCCAAGGCCGCUCUCAAUUGAUCGGAAACGAGGAAGAGACUCUGCUCAAAUCCAUCUCCGAAGCUCCUAGGUUUCCUUCUCCAGCGUUCCGGGCGACUUUCCAGAGACCAACCUCAGAGACACUGCAAGUAUCACUCACGGGAGCCUUGAAGAUGAAAGUAGACGGGAACGGAAUAGACAUAAUGGUGGCGUUAUAUGAAACCGGGCUAGUGAACGACUGCGAGAGAGGAGAGAACGAAGGAAGGAUGUUGUCGAAUGACUACGUUGUAAGAAAGAUGGAGAAGAUGUGUACUGUGAAAGACGUAACAGCGAAGAAGUCAGUGUCGGGGACUGCUCAUUUCACGCUCUGGGAUGGAUUCAACAGCAGCAAAUGCGGAGUCGCUGUCUUUCUUCAGAACUCGUCUCUUCAGAUUUUUGGUACGCAGAGUUUUAAGUUGCCUGAUGAGAUUUGAGUUAUCCAUAAAAUCUUUAAAAAAACUAAACUCUAAAAACGCGUUUUUUUAUUUCUUGUCGCUCAUAUUUUGGCUGUGAAUCCAUUCUCCACAGUGGAAUUACUGUUUUGUACAGUUAUAUGUGUGACACUUUACGAGGUUUAGGUCUAAUUUGUUUUAAUUUCAACCUU